GGAAUCUUUGAGACUGUAGUUAAUACUUUAACUCAUGACUCAGAUGAUAAUUUUAAUGAUAUCUCAGAUGAUACAGUUUAUUUUAAGGAAGAAGAAAGGAUGAAUGAAUUGUCUGAAGAGGUUUCUAAAAAAUCUGAAGUAUAG